AUGCCAUUUCCGCUAAAAGUCCUUUUUCCUAACGUGAUAGUAGCAUCAGGACUCGUCCGCAAACUGCGCGAUGAUCCCUACCUCCUGUUCGCGCGACUCCCUUCGUACAUCUCUCUCCUUUGCGUGAUUGUCGGCGUGGCAUCAUUGCUCAUCCUGCCCCUGGACGAAUACUCACGCGGCACAUAUAUUUCCGAAAAUGCCUUGCUGCCUGGCCAGGUGCACACCUACUUUGCCGGGUCUGAGCAGAACAUCUUUCGCGGUUACAAAAAGGAGCUGGAGGGGCUGUUGUCGGUGAACAGCGGUGACGGGGCAAGUGAGACGUACGAGCAUGGCGAGAACAGGACUGAGGUCUCGGAGAAAGUCCAGUCUAUCUUUCGUGCGGCCGGGUUGAAAGUGGCCACGCAGAAUUACGAGUACGAGUCUGCCGGUGCGCUGCACAAGGGGCAGAAUAUCUAUUCGAUUAUCCAUGCGCCACGCGGAGAUGCGACUGAAGCCAUUGUAUUGGUUGCUGCGUGGAGAACCAUUGACGGAGAACUGAAUCUGAACGGGGUUACGCUGGCGCUGACGCUGGCCAGGUAUUUCAAGAGAUGGUCGCUUUGGUCAAAAGACAUUAUUUUCGUGAUUACCCCCGACAGCAAGUCUGGCACGCAGGCCUGGAUCGACGCAUAUCACGACAUGCACCCGGCUUCUGUCCAGUCUCUGCCAUUGAAGAGUGGGGCUCUGCAGGGUGCCUUGGUCAUUGAGUAUCCGUUUGAACACCGCUUUGAGUCGCUGCAUAUAGUCUACGACGGAGUGAACGGCCAGUUGCCCAACCUCGAUCUCAUCAACACGGCCGCGUCCAUUGCCACUGGCCAAAUGGGCAUUGGCACGAGUCUGCAAGAGAUGUGGGAACACGACAACAGCUAUGAGAAGCGUCUGGAGACUAUGCUCCGCGGCAUGGCCAAGCAGGGCCUCGGCCUAGCAGCGGGCGCUCACAGCAGCUUCAUCCCGUACCAUAUCGACGCCAUCACGUUGCAGACCAAAGGCAAUGGCUGGGAGGAUGAGAUGGCUCUGGGCCGCACAAUCGAGAGCCUGUUCCGGAGCUUGAACAAUCUGCUCGAGCAUCUGCAUCAAAGUUUCUUCUUCUAUCUGAUCAUGCACACGCACCGCUUCGUCAGCAUUGGCACUUAUAUGCCUAGUGCGAUACUCAUCGCUACCAAUUUCACCAUCAUGGCCGUGGCCUUGUGGCUGAUGAGUGGCUACAAGGUCAUUUCGCCGAGUACGGAGAAGAAAGCUACAUCUGCAUCGAAAGCUGAAGUCGAUGCCACCUCAGAACGCAAGCUUUCUGUGCCUCUGACCCUCGUCAUCGCGCUUCACUUUCUAGGCGUGAUCCCACUAUACAUCCUCAACAACAUCUCGUCCCAGUACUUUCUCUUCGCAACCUACCUCAUCCUCGCCUUCACCAUUCUCCUCCCUGUCCUGUUCAGUGUCGUCUUAUGCAAACUGCUCGCCCCGCCCCCUCAGACUUUUCUACUCAUCAAAUCUUUCUCUCUUCUUCUUCUCGGUCUCUUCCUCAGCGCCCUCGCCACUCUUAACUUCUCUCUCUCCUUCCUGAUCGGGCUCGUCUGCGCGCCGCUCAGCUUCACGGGGCCCAUCACUGCGACGUCGAUCAAGAGCAAACCCCUACGGCUCGCGCUCGCCGCUCUGGCACUGGCCGCACUCAAUGCCCUAUCCCCACCAGCCGUCUUGCUGUCGGCAUGUUGGUUCAUGCAGCUGUCGGUGCGUCAAGUCCUCACUCAGGCAGCCUUUGGGUGGAAUGUGUGGGGGAUGUGGACGCAGGUGGUGGUGUGGUGUGUUUGGUGGCCAGCGUGGAUGGCGGGGACGCUUUUGCUUGGAAGUUCUUUUUUUGUUGAUCUAGUUUGA